AUGUUGGGAAUUGCCACAGACAGCAAGUUCGUGAAAAAAUGUGCUACCGAAUGGGGGCCCAUAUGGGAGAAAAAUGGAUGGAAGCUAUCUACUGGACAACCGGUGAAGCUGCGUGAACCGGUUGAGCGUCUGCUCGAGGCAACCAGAGAUUCGGACGUGGAUGUUGCCUGGGUACGGCGUACGAUUGAUGUCUCUCAGUCCAACAGAAGCGGACUAGCGGACUAUUUUGACAUGGCGACCUAUACGAUUGAAACGAAGUCCACGAAAGCGUUCCCUGACCAGAAGCCGGGAACAAGCGGGCUCCGCAAGCCCACUAAGACAUUCAUGCAACCGAUGUAUACGGAGAAUUUUGUACAAUCUAUCUUAACUGCUGCUUUGCAUGACAUGUUGGAAACGCGCCAACAUGUACGUUUGGUUCUCGGCGGUGACGGUCGAUAUUUCGUGAAAGAAUCACUACUGCAAAUUAUUAUUCCAAUGUGUGCUGCCAAUGGGGUCUCUGAGGUGCUAGUGGGGCAAUCGGGCAUUCUUUCCACUCCCGCCGCGUCGUGCGUCAUUCGAAAGUAUAAUUUAAACGGUGGCAUUAUUCUGACUGCAAGUCACAAUCCGGGUGGCGUGGAUGCGGAUUUCGGAAUCAAAUAUAACUGUGAGAACGGCGGUCCCGCGCCGGAAAAGGUGACCAAUAAAAUCUACGAAAUCUCCAAAAGUCUGAGCAGCUACAAAACGCUCGUUGAACCCAUGCAGUUGAAUUUGGAUGUGAUUGGAACCUCAGAAUUUCAUCUGAAUAACGGACAAGUAUUUCGAGUGAAUGUAAUCAGCAGCGUGGAUGAUUAUACAGCGUAUAUUGGUACAUUGUUCGACUUUGGUGCGAUCAGGAACUUGUUGAGCGGAACUGGCGGUAAUCCGCCAUUCAAGCUUUUAGUCAGUGGAUUACAUGGAGUUACGGGCCCCUACAUAAAGGAAAUAUUCUGCAAACAGUUGGGCAUGCCGGCCAAUUGUGCUCUGAAAGCUGAACCACUGGUCGAUUUUGGCAAGGGACAUCCGGAUCCAAAUUUGACCUAUGCGGCAGAUUUGGUUCAGGCUGUAGUAAACGAUCCGACCGUGUCGUUUGCGGCCGCAUUCGACGGAGACGGUGACCGGAACAUGUUGAUCGGGCAACGCGGAUUCUUUAUCUCCCCCUGUGACUCACUAGCAGUGAUCGCAGAUAACGCUGCAUCAAUCAAAUAUUUCCAGCAAACUGGAUUGCGCGGAUGCGCACGCAGUAUGCCGACGAGUCGUGCUCUUGAUCGUGUGCUUCUGUGCGGUCGUGCAACACUUUUAUAUCGUUUGGCAAUGGAAUCAUGGCGUCUUGCAUUUGCAAAAUUCUACGCGUAUAAUGCAGAACAAGGUGAAUUCCAGUUCACACGACUGUGA